AUGAUGGAGCGUUACAUGAAACCUUAUGAAUACGUUGAACAUACAGCUGAUAUGGGACUGCUGGUUAGAGGGAAAAGUCUGCCUGACCUUUUGAAAAACGCGGCACAGGGACUCUUCGAAACGAUAGCGGUCGUGGAUACCGUCGAUGAGACAGACUCAGUCGAGAUCCACCUCACGGCUGAAUCUGUGGAAGACCUCUUUGUGGAGUGGCUUGGCGAACUCAUCUUCCAACACGAGACAAAGGAGAUUUUCUUUAAACGCGCCGACAUCAAAGACUGUAGUGAAACGGAGGUAUCAGCGACGGUUUAUGGUGAACCGGCAAACUUCGAUAAACACGAGGUUUACACUGAAAUUAAGAGUGUCACGUAUCAUCAACUACAAGUUGUGCAAAGGAGUGAUAGCAGUUGGUUUGCUCAGGUUAUUUUUGAUCUCUGAUAUAGCAAUCAGCAUCAGUUGAUUGGAA